AUGGCUGAUAAUUGGGAUGAUGAUGAUUUUGAGCCAGAGGUGGAGUCUCUUGCACCUCCACCUCCACCUCCACCUCCGAUAGUCGAAGAUGUUGUCCCUCCUGCGCCAGCAGUUCAGAAGGCGAAGUCAACAGCUAAGACAUUUCCCAAUAUGGAAAGUUUCUCUCGAGAAUUGACUGCAGCGGAGAAAGAGGAACUGCAAAAGCGGCAAGAUCUCGCACUAACCAUGGAGAUGUUUGGAGAGGAACCGCAAACUGGAGAUCGUCGCCCUUAUAGUGAGAUUAUUUCAAAGGAUGAAUUCGAAGAUUGGGGAUCAAAGAUCGGUACUUUUUUGGCUACUCGGCAUAAAGCAGCACAUUAUGGUGAUAUGCUCAACAAGCUCCUUCAGGCGGUGGCAGAGAAAUUGGAUGCUUCAGAAGUGCGAACAAUGUCAAAUUAUUUGAAAACAUUGGCUGACGCUAAGAAAGCUGCAGACAAAGUGAACAAAGCAAGCAAUAAGCAAAUAUAUGACGAUUAUGAUGGAAGAGACGACUUCGACGAUUUUGACGAUUUUAUCGGUGCCGUGGAGCGAGCGGUUGGAAUUGAGCCGCUACUCUACACCGCAUCUUUUCGAACGCAGCCGCUUACGCAAUUGCACCGAGCUUCCGGUCGUUUUGACUCUUUUAUAUCUUCGGCUGAUUGCAUGUUACUUCUUGACCAGAUGUUUGCUGUUGUUAAUUUGGGAAUGACGCAAACGGAGGAAAUUUCACGUUCUCGGUACGAUCGUUCCUCCGAAACGCUGGAUUCGGAAUCUUUAAGGCAGCUGCUCGAAGAUGGAGAAUUGGAUACCCUACGUUGGGAAGAUGACGAUAUUUCUUUGCGAUCGGCGGCGUCUAAUAGUCGUCUGCCUUACGACAAGUUGACAGCUCAGGAGUUGGUCCAUUUCCCCGAUGCUUCGGAUGCCAAAGCUUCUACAAACUUGUAUUUGUUCAUAAGAAACAAAAUAUUACAACUAUGGUUGCUCGAACCUAACGUGGAGCUCACUAGCGAAGAUGCCAUUGACCAACUCCCAGUUCCUUUUAAUAGUGAUCGUCGCUUCGUUCGACGUAUUCAUGGAUUUCUUCAACGAUACGGUUUCAUCAAUUACGGGAAUUUUCAUCGUCUGGCAUCUGCGUUGGUUCUGACUUCAAAGAGAAAGCGCGUCAUAAUUGUCGGUGCAGGUGCCGCCGGUAUUGCAGCUAUGAAGCAGCUUCACUUUUUUGGCUUUGAUGUUGUGCUCUUAGAAGCACGAAAACGACUUGGUGGUCGUGUUCAUACGUAUCAUCAGAAGGAUUCAAGUGUAGUUGCAGACCUGGGAGCCAUGGUAGUUACAGGAAUAAACGGGAAUCCAAUUGUAACAAUGAUGCGGCAAACUCAGUGCACUCCCGUUCGAAUAACACCAGACUGUCCAAUCUACGAUGAGUAUGGAAAACUUGUGGAUCAGCGUAAAGACGAACUGGUCGCAGAAGCGUUCAAGAAAAUUGGUGAUACUGCAUCGUACAUUGCUCACACUUUGGGGAUAACGGAAGUGAACGGGAAGAAGUUAAGCAUAGCUGAUGCGUAUAACAAUAUUUUAGAAAUGUUGGAACUCCGAAUGCAAAGAAGACGCCUCAAGUAUUGGCAGAUUUAUGAGGAGAUACUUGAGAAAAUGAAGCAAGUGCAGAACGAGAUAACUUUGUACAAGAAGAGUGCAGUGUUCCUAGCGGAUAAAUUGAAGUCAUCGGAUAGCAGCAUUCCUCUUACACUGGAUCCAGACUCACGGCUAGAGCAAGACAUCCUACGUCGCUGUUAUAGGCGCGACCUCGGUGAAGCUAUCAAGCGUUACGAUGCUGCAAGAGAGCGUUUCCGUAACUUGGAGACCACGCUUCGUAAUCUCAAAAAGCAAGAGCCUAGUGAAGUCUACAUGAACCAAAGGGAUCGUCGUCUGUUAGAUUUCCACUUCGCGAAUUUGGAAUAUGUUAGUGGUGGAACAUUAGACAAAUUAUCUCUCCAACAUUUCGACCAAGAUGAUGAGUUCCAGUUCACCGGCUCGCAUAUGGCUAUUCGCGACGGAUAUGGCGAUUUCCUUACUCGGUUGGUUACGAGCGAUGUUGCUGGUUUCAUCAAACAAAACGCAGUUGUUGAGUCUAUAUACUACGAUGAAAAAGGUGUCAAAGUGCAGUAUAAGACUGACGACACGACCAACACAGUUGAUGGUGACGUCUGCCUGUGCACAGUUCCACUGGGUGUGUUGAAGCGGUCAAUUAACGGCUGCACUGAUGCACCAAAAUUCGAACCUCCUCUGCCGGAAACCACUGCCAAAGCUAUUGCUGAGAUGGGCUUUGGUAAUUUCAAUAAGGUUGUGCUUAUCUUUUCUCGUCCGUUUUGGGACGUCACGCAGAACUAUUUCGGCCAUCUGAAUCACUCCAGGGCGUCUCGUGGAGAAAUGUUCAUGUUCACCGCACUCACUAAGGCACCUGUUUUGAUUGCUAUGAUGGCUGGUGAAGCUGCUAAUCUGGAAGCCCCCAACGAAGUAAUUGUACGGAAAGCGAUGAGCGUUUUGGCAAAUAUUUUUGGUUCAGCUUGCCCAAAAGGACCAGUUGAGGCAGUGAUCACUCGCUGGCACAAAGAUCCAUUUGCAUGCGGUGCAUAUGCCUACAUACCAUGUGGAAGUGACGGUGACAUUUGUGACAUACUAGCUGAGCCCGUUCGAGCAUGUAUGGAAGACGGGUCGUACAGUGGUGAGGAACGUGUGUUUUUUGCAGGAGAACAUACAAGCGGAAGAUAUCCGGCAUCGGUUCAGGGUGCUUGGUUGAGUGGUAUCCGUGAAGCUGCGAGGAUAGCCGACCUUUACCUGGGAUGCCCGUUCUCAGCAUCAAGUGUUGCAGAUCCAGAAUGUGUCCUGCUUGAUAGUGAUGACGAUGAAGAACCACCGAAAAGCAGCGGAGACGGCGACGACGUCGCUGACGAGCUUAGCGCUGGAGAAUUGAAGGAGAACGGCAGCUCACAUCCAGCGGGUGUGGGCAGUGGAGAACCAGAAUGUAAACGCACAAAAACUGAGGAUUUUAAUCUCUUGGAACGAACAUGGUCGUUCACGUGUUGCAUAAAUUUUCUUCUAUUUUCAAACAUUCGUUCGUUGUACUUUAAUUUUUGA